ACAUCCGGCCGUGUGACGGAAGCGACGUCACAGAGCCGCGCCGUGUUUACUAUCGGCGGCUGAAAAGCGUCGUUGGUUAAAAACAAAUAAAUAAAGUCGCAUUCGCAGCGAAACAGAAUAAUUUGAACAGUUGGACGUGAGAUCAAUAAAGAUGGCGGAUCCCGCGGUGGCGGCGGGAGGUGCUCUGAGCACAAGCGGGCGUGGGGGGGGUAGCAAAGCGGCUUCCAGCCCUGCAGAGAACUACCACCUGGCCCGACGCCGCACCCUGCAGGUGGUGGUCAGCGCCCUCCUGACCGAGUGUGGCUUCGAGAGCGCAGAGAAGGCGGCGGUGGAGACGCUCACUGAGAUGAUGCAGAGCUAUAUAAGUGAAAUCGGUCGCUGUGCUAAAUCUCACUGUGAACACACGGCCAGAAGCGUUCCCACCCUGUCGGACACAGUGGUCACACUCAUUGAAAUGGGUUUCAAUGUGGACACGCUGCCUGUUUAUGCAAAACGAUCACAGAGGAUGGUUAUUACUGCUCCUCCAGUGACGAACCACCCUGUGACGCCCAGAGCCCUGUCAGCCGGACAGAAACGCACACAUCCGGCUCACAUCCCAAGUCACUUCCCAGAAUUCCCUGAUCCUCACACGUACAUCAAAACACCGACGUUCAGAGAGCCUGUGUCGGAUUACCAAGUGGUGAGAGAGAAGGCAGCGACUCAGAGGAGAGACGUGGAGCGAGCUCUCACACGCUUCAUGGCCAAGACGGGAGAAACUCAGAGCCUCUUCAAAGACGACAUCACUGCCUUCCCAUUGAUCGCAGCGCGGCCGUGCACCAUCCCGUAUCUCAGCGCCCUCCUGCCGUCGGAGCUGGAGCUGCAAACUCUGGAGGAGACGGACUCGUCCGAGCAGGACGACCAGACGGACAGCGAGAACACGACAGGACACAACAUCAGUGAUGAUCCGGGAGCCGACAAAGAAAACUCUCUGCUUCCUCCCGGUGCCGUUGUUCCCUCCGCAAAGGUCACCGAGGACAACGUGAUCGACAACCCGUACCUCCGUCCGGUCAAGAAACCCAAAUUGAGGCGGAAGAAAUGAGUCUGGACCCAACUGAACCAACAGACUCUCAUUUGCCACAGUGCUCGGUGCUGUCAGCGGCCCAGUCAGUGACUGAAGGACCCGGUGUUGGGUCCCAGUGCGUGAGCCGGGACCAGCGGCUGCUUUUCCUCAGCGCUGGGACGAGAACCGCUGUAGACUUUGGCAAACUGACUUCUAUUGACUUGUUUCUUUGUGUUUACAGUCAUUUUUUUCAGGAGGAACUCACUUUGUGUAUAAUUUGUUUGUAAGCAGCAUCAUGGUGUAAAAUACAAACACAGGAAUUCUGUCAUUUUGUGAAUAAAAGAAAAAUAAGUUUCUUUCUUUUUAA